ACCGGGGUCGACCCAGGGAAGCUAAACGAACGCACCCAUAAUUUUCACCUCUGAGAUCAUGCUGGCUGAGAUCGAGCUGUUAUAUGCUGGUUGUCCUGCUUGAGAAGGCUAAGCCAGCGCCGUUACGUAACAACACAAUAGACGCGUACGAUAGAAAAACCACUAACUGGAAUUCCGCUUUAAUCCAAGCCUCUUAAUCAUCUCCCCAUUUGUACAUCGUCACACCCAUAGAGAAAGGACUGAAUAUUUUGACCAAUGUUAUGGUUACAAAAAGCGCGUGCCACAAAAAUAAAGGAUACUAUUUUGGAUGUUGCCAAAACACCUUAGCAAUACAAGAUUAGGACGAUCAAAGUGACCAUACUGGUAUCCAUUAAUUAGAUUCGAGACAUAAAGCAAGCGUUUUUGGUGAAGCUGUUGCUUGCUGCUGUGUUCCUGUAGAACGAGAUCCACGGACCAGGGAGCAGGGAGCAGGCUGAAGUAAGAUAUCGACCGUCUCUAGUGACGACGUGACUACUGGUCCAAGAGAGAAGACAUGCUUGAUCGGUCAUAAUCCGUUUUCUUCAGCCAAGGACCAAUGCAGAGUGAAUCACUGAGAGAGCAGACGAUCAAGUCGUUGGAUCAACAGUGUUUCCCGCCUCGGUACACACUUGAAGUUGAUUAUCUCAACGACGAAUGCCUUCGCGAUGCUUUGGUAACACUAACUGAACAAUCCUUACCAAAAGAAGAAUGAAAGUAGAAACUUUUGGCGUUUCGAGUUCAGAGAUAACCGCAAAUUCUUUGACAUGAUGAUUUGAAGAGUGGAGUUGUAGGGAGCGUUUUGAGGAAAGGUUUUUCUUUUAACUUGUGACGUCGUGGGACGCAGUUUAGCGGACUUGCUUUUAGAUAUCCAACGCCAUGAUUCAAACUUACAGGAAAAACAGCGGCAUGGAGUGCUGUAAAGCCGAGCCAAUGUUCCGACGUGUCCGUUAUAACUUACUGACCUAUCCAGGAGCAGGAUGGAUAGCGUUUGUGAUAACCUUGUUCCUAUGGGCUCUCUCCGUUCCCUAUCUCAGACAGGCACCCAGUGGCGUUGUACCCGAUACCAAGGAAGUUCGGUUGCAGAUGCCUCGGGCAGCCGCAGAGAAAGCUUUUAGACGAAACACAGAGACAAUGUAUGAUAUCAGAUACAACACCAGUGAGUAUUCACACUCUUUCCCUGUGGAUGACACUUGCUUCUUCACUCGUAAACUCUCAAAGAGCGACAUGCCAACAAUUCAUUCUAUAUUCUCUAAUCCAGCAUCUCAGAGCGUUGUCUUUGUAGGAGUACGGUUUCUUAGGGACAAUUGGGCAGAAGACAAAUUCAUUUGCGAGUUCGAGAAUGGUGAACGGACACAGAGCGACCCAAUCGUGAAUGACUACCGGAGCUUCGGUUAUUUAGCUCAGUAUGUAUUUGUCUUAACAUGCCCACUGCCGGAGAUUUACAUUGGCAGAACUAAUUUCACCAUGAGUUUUUACAAGGUAACAUGGCGGCCGAAAUGGUACAUGUUUGCCUACGCUAACCUGACCGUGUGUCGAGCGGGCAGCUGGCCGCUCACUAAGAAACACUUCUUAAGUGUUUGCACAAUGGUCAAGGACAUGGAUGAAUUCUUACCAGAUUGGUUGGAUUAUCAUCGCUUUAUGGGUGUUGAACACGCUUAUAUCUACGACAAUGCGGUCGAGAAGAUGAGUUUGUUACGUGAGACGGUCAAAGAGGAUGUAGACAGUGGGUUUGUCACCGUUAUCCCAUGGUCUCACAGACCGUCUGCAGGGAAGAGUUACUUAGAAGUGCAAAUAGCUCAUGAGAAUGACUGUUUAUGGCGUCACAGAUACGACACCCAUUGGAUGAUGAAGAUUGAUGUCGACGAAUACGUCCAGCCCAUGAACCCAGCCAACCCAAAGAUACCUAACUUCUUACGGGAUCCGAGACUCAAUAAGUUAGGUGCUAUAAGACUUCAGAAUUGGUUCUUUGGGCGCCCUAAUACUUCGGAGGUCCUCGAAGGGUCUAUCAUGGAGCGAAAUCGCUGGCGUCCGUCGGAGCCAACCCUUCAGAACACCGGUAGAGACAAGAAUAUUCUCCGGCCUAUAAACGUGCAUUAUUUUAAAAUCCACGCUAUCAAACUUGGAGGUGAGACAAAGUCCAUAAACCCUGAAACUGAGAUGCGUUUGGUGCACUACCGUGGCGAUAACCCAAGGGUCCGCCAUUUUGAUUUGCCCGAGUUCGAUGUUUUGGAUGAGAGCAUGGUCAACAUAUGGAAACAAAUCAAAAAAGCAAAGAUGGAAACCUCACUGGAAGCUGCAUCGGAAACUGACAAUGAAAUCAUCCUUAAAUUCAUCGAAGAUGAUGUUAAAAGUCCAUGAAGCAAUUAUUUUGAAAUAGUAUUCAUUAAUUAUUUUCAUUCAUUCAUUCAUUCAUUCA